GUAUGAAAUUGAUGACCGAACAACAGCGCUAGCGAUCAUUGCAAAAGACUGCUCCGACUGGCCUCAAAUGCAGUUCCAGUUGGCCUGUGCAUAUGCCGCUCAACAUCUACUGCGCAACGAUAGUCUGGACAAGAUCAGACUGCGCGCAUUCGCAAGGAAGUUGGCUGGGCACUGUCUAUACGAUUUUUGGUUCGCACUACUUGGUGGCGUACGAGCUUGGGAUGAGAUGUUCAGCUCGGAUGGCUUGGCACCGAAGCAAACACUUUCGCUAGUGUUCCAGUUUGCCAUCGUACAUGGUUAUUUCGAACUUGUUACUUUUAUUUGGGAUCACAUCACUGAUCCACAGCGCGAAUUCAUAGGUAUUUUUUCGUGCUUAAUUAAUUUAAUAGACUUUCUGUUUCACUGGUUAAAUUGA